CUCUUCCUUUGUUCCUCUCUGGAGCCAUGGAGUUCCUCAAUCCAAAGAAGCAAUCGGAAACCCUAGAAACUCCAUAGCACGCCAUGGAUAACCCCUUCUCAUCUCUCAAAGCUCACCUCCAAUCCACCCUCCAUGACCUCCGAUCCCGAGCUCAGCAUGCCUUCCACUCCUCCAUCGCCCGCUUCACUCCCCAUUCCACACUCAACAACCUCCCCCUCGCCCGGAUUUCCUUCGCCGUCCCCCGCAAGGAUAGCUUCAUUGAGGAGCGGCUAGCUGGAGUGCCCGUCUACGCGCUUAGCAACUCCGCGGGUGAGUUCGUUCUGAUGUCCAGCGCGGGGUCGGGCAAAUCUCUAGGGCUUUUUUGCUUUCGAGAGGAGGAUGCUGCGGCGUUGCUUGAUCAGAUGAGGUCGAUGAAUAGCGACAUGAAGCAGGGGUCCAAAGUUGUCGCUGUUGCCCUGAAUAAGGUUGUCCAGCUCAAGGUUGAUGGAGUAGCCUUUAGAUUCAUUCCAGAUUCAAGUCAGGUUGCAAAUGCAAUUAAGGAGAAAGGAAAGAUCGGAGAAUCAGUAGAUAGUUUCCCGGGAGUUCCUGUAUUUCAGUCAAGGAGUUUGGUGUUAAAGAGCCAGAACAAGAGAUAUCGUCCAGUAUUCUUCAGAAUGGAGGACCUUGAUGACUCUCUUUAUAGAGCUUCUCAUGAGCAGAGUCGAUUGAAUCCCGCGUUAAGAAGAGGUGACCUUCAGGUUGCAGUUCUGGAAGACAUAGUUGGUGAGUUGAAGGGAAAUUCUGCUUCAGAAUGGGAUGACGUUGUCUUCGUUCCUCCGGGUUUAAAGCUAUCAUCAGAUCUCACUCAGGAGACACCUACAGCAACAAAAUAGAAGAUACACUGGUUUAUCGGUUAUUGCCAUGCAUAUUUUAUUGUUUUAUUAAACACUUGGUCAAUCAUAUCGAAAUGAAUGAACUUUUGUCUGUGUUAUUGUCACACUA